AUGGGCCUUGAAGUGAUCCCCUCCCUGAAGAAGGCCAUGUCGAAGUGCUUGCAGGGAGACGUGGCAAAGGCUUUGCAGCAGUGGAUCGGGCUGCUUCCCGAAGCAUUGAGCUGUGCGAAACAGUUGGAGAAGUUCAGGAAGCUCGGGCAGAACACCGAGGCCCGGUUGGCCACGGACUCCAAGGGCAAUGCCUUGACGACAUUGGUCAAGCAGUACGAGACAUUCCACACUGCCCAGGUGCAGGCGCGGAAGAACAUCGAUGCGAUCUCGGAUGAGGACGAGCAGAAAAUCCGGUUUGUUGCUUUGGGCAUCCAGGACUUGCCCGUCUUCAAGAUUGCGGAUGAUGCCAUUGCCGCUUUGAGUGCAAAGGCAGAUGAGUUGAAACAGCAGGCCAAUGACUUCACGGAGAAGGUUUCCGACAUGACGCAUGACAAGCACCUCCCGGAGACGUCAUGGAAGCAAAGCUUGAGCGACACGUCGACCCUUGCUGAUGUCCAGACGGCGGCGACUCUACACAUGGACAACGAUGUCUCAGGCCUGGAGAAGGUGCUGAAGCAGCUGAUCGAGGUUUCGGUCAUCAGAAUCAGCCAAUCGGACAUCAAGGUUCACAACCAAAUUGUGGCGUGGCACAAGCGGGUGAAGUUCAUCGACACGGAUCACUCGGACGUGUCCAAGCUCUUCGCAAGCCUGGCAUCUUCCACCGAAAGUACGAUCCGCCUGGGGUACAUCUACAAGUCUGAAGGUCUUCUGGCGUGCGCCAUCAUGGAGAAGGACAGGGAGGCUGCCGCCAGGCUGAUACGCAAAGAACUGGCGACCCUCCAGGGAAGCCAGUAUGCAGCGAUCGGUGUCAGCGAGCAGUCGGUCCAGCCAGUUCUGCUGGCCGAAGCCAAAAAUUUCAAGAAGUGA